AACGGUAUACACAUACUAUAUAAACGUAGCUGCUCGCAGACCAGGAACAAAACUUAUAAAGAUGAAAGCACAUUUGGUCGGCAAAUAUGUGCCUGUUUACCACGAAACAAGUUAUCCCUUCAUUCCCGCGAUCCGGGAACAGUACGAAAACAGCGCGAGUGCAACGACAUCUAACUCGUUGACUUCGCUGGUCAAUCUGAUAACCGAAUUGGAGUUUCAUCGGACAGCGUGGACAAAAGAGAACCCAUUUUUGGGAGUCUGUGAAAGCGCGAACGCUACGGGAAGCGAGGUGCCGAGGGAGACAUCCCCAACACCAACCGAUUACGGAGAAAAUAUCACAAGAAAUUCGUGUCGUUUUCAGAAGCCUAGAACAGGAGAGAUCAUUCCUUGGAGCGUUAACCAGCCAUACAAGAAACGAACACGUGAGAUCUACGAUCGUCAACAGACCCUAGAGUUGGAGAAAGAGUUCCAUUACACUCGUUACCUGACAAAAGAAAGGAGGGCAGAGCUGGCAAAUUCCCUUAUGUUGUCCGAAAGACAGAUUAAAAUUUGGUUCCAAAAUCGCCGUAUGAAAUGGAAAAAGGAGAAGAAGCCGAUUAUUCCAAAUAAACGACGAGCUCGCUUUGGCAGAAAAAAGGUUGCGCAAACGUUUGAGACGAGCAGGUUUAAUAAUUGUUGAAAUUCAUGUAAAUACAGUACAGCUAUAAUUUUGUUACAUACGCUAGAAGCAGCAGUCCCAAGGCCUGAAAGACGUUUUGAAAUAGUAAUAAACUGAAUUAAUUAGAAGUUUAGUGCAGUUGUAACAGAAUUUGCAAUAAGUGUCGUUUUUGCAUUAUUUAUUGAAUCUCCUUACCUAGGUUUUUGUUGGCCGCCCUGUUGAAAUUUCGAACGAGGUAGGUGCAUGGACGUGGUUCGUAUUCAGCCUCGAACAAUACGUUCGCUGAUAAGCAUGUAAACAAAAAACCCCCUCAUCUCAAACGUAUUGAAUGGCUUAUAUUGGCUGGCUUGCAUGCAACCGAUGUUGAAGAUGGAUAAAAAUAACUGAAAACGAGUUUACAUCAUAAUUCUCGGAAAUCAAAAUAGCUAUAGCGAAUUAUACAAAUUAAAUAGUAGGUGAUUAUCAAUCAUGCAACACAGUGUGAAAAUCUGUUAUACCUGAACAAUAUUGUAAAAGCCAGUUGUGAUCUGCGAUAAAAGCCUAACACGAUUAUACUGAUAUGACAGAAAUACCCAUGCAAAGUUGAUUUCAGCUGUGAAAAACUAGUAUAUCAGUGAAUGCUUUAAUGCUUUAAAAAUAUUAUAUUUACUGUAUACUUCUCUUUCGCGUAACACUUUCAAUUAAUGUAGUGAUCUAUGUAUAAUUUCAGUUAUUUUGUAACAUGGCCGGUUUAAAGACCAGCAACACGUUACAUUAUGUAUACAUUAACAGUAUAAGUUAAUAAGAAAUAGGAUCUCUGGGCAAAGAAGAUUAGGGACCCAUUGAUCAUACAACUCCUAUCAUGUUGCCGUUUUUUAUGAUUUAGCGUAAAAUAUUGUGGGCUACGUUAAGAACAUGUGUCAGCUCUGUAUUAUAGAAAUGGGAAUUGAAAAGAGAAAUAUAUGCCAGGCUAUACUGCUUUGGUAAAAUUAUU